CAAGCCAUGUGACAGAGGGACAGAAGAACAAAAGCAUUUGGAAGUAACAGGACCUCUUUCUAGCUCUCAGAAAAGUCUGGGGAGAAAGGAGCCCUGCGUUUUCCCCCAAGCUGUGCAGCAGAUACAGUGGUGAUGGAUUGCGGGUGCAGAAAGUAAGACGAAACUCCGGCAUACAAAGGACAAUGACAACCAGGAAGCUCCAACCAGAUCCUGCCCUUUCCUUGAAAGGAACUGGAGCCUAGGAGGUGAAGGCAUUUCCAAUUUUUAGUCCUCUGCCUCCCUCUGCUGUUACCUCUUGAGAAGUUUUCCCUUACAACAAUGAGAAAUCAUGUACUAGCUGCAUCCUUUUCUAUGCUCUCCCUGCUGGCACUGAUGGGAGAUACAGACAGCAAAACAGACAGCUCAUUCAUGAUGGACUCCGAUCCUCGACGCUGCAUGAGGCACCACUAUGUCGAUUCUAUCAGUCACCCGUUGUACAAGUGUAGUUCCAAGAUGGUACUCCUGGCCCGGUGCGAGGGGCACUGCAGCCAGGCGUCACGCUCCGAGCCCUUGGUCUCCUUCAGCACUGUCCUCAAGCAGCCCUUCCGCUCCUCCUGUCACUGCUGCCGGCCCCAGACGUCCAAACUGAAGGCACUGAGGCUGCGCUGCUCUGGGGGCAUGCGACUCACGGCCACCUACCGGUACAUCCUCUCCUGUCACUGCGAGGAGUGCAGCUCCUGAGGCCUGCUGUUGAGUGGCUUCUGGAUGGGACAGCCCCUCUC